GAUGAUCUGUUCAAACAACUUUGCUCAAGAGAAAAAGCGCGAGAGAAAACUGAGAAGAACGAUAUCGGAGGAUCGGCGCCGGCGAUUUCCCUAUUUGAAUCCGCCACCGAUAGCCAUCAACGUUUUUUUCCGGUGAACUGAUUAUAUUUCAGUAUUGAAAGAUUGAAAAUGUCUGAGGGGGAGGUUAAGAAGAUCUCACGUCAAGAUAUACAACUGGUGCAAAAUCUGAUAGAAAGAUGUCUACAGCUUUACAUGAACCAGGAGGAAGUUGUCAGAACCCUCUUAGAUCAAGCUAAAAUUGAGCCUGGUUUCACUGAGCUUGUUUGGCAGAAGCUUGAAGAAGAAAACCUGGAAUUUUUCAGGGCAUAUCAUGUAAGGUUGAUUGUGAAGGAUCAGAUAGAGAGAUUCAAUGAUUUGCUUGAGAGACAGGUUGAGGCAAUGCAGAUGUUUCCAACACAAUCAAUCCCUGAUGGAUCUCAGAUUCGUCAAAUCCCACCGAACUCAACAUGUCAAGCAAGAGAUCAUGCUGGACCUCAUGUGAAGCCUGAGAAUGUGCACCAGACUGUUAAUGCCAAUUUAUCUCAAGUAUACACUAAUGGUGCGUCCUCGCUUCAACCAUGUAUGCAAAGUGCUAUUGAUGUGUCUGCUCAUGCAAGGAGAAUUGAUGCAUCCUCAAACAUGCUAUUGGCUCAGAGCUCAAAUUUAGGAAUGCUGCAAGGUUCGAGAGGGGGGAUGAUCAAGUCAGAAGCUGGUUAUUCAGGAAGUUUACCCUUCAUGUAUGGUACUGAGACAAAUAUCCUCGAAACUCAUCCUGGAAUUACGGAUCCAUCUGUAUCAUCUUUCAGCAGCGUAGAAUCAGAUUCACAACCAGUAAAUGAGACUGUAUUGGAUGCUGAUACGUCUUCAUUUGGUUUCUUGGGGCAGAUUCCUCGAAACUUUAGUUUGUCGGACUUAACAGCUGACUUUUCUAACAGUUCUGAUAUCUUGGAAAGCUAUUCUGGAUCAGCCUUCCUGGCAACGGAUGUUAACAAUUUAUUCUUAGAUCCACAAGAUAGGAGAGAACAUCAAGACAUUAAAAGGUUGGAUGCUAUAUCUGAAGGCUUGAGGUUUGAAGAUUUUGCCAGUGAUUGAGUGAACAAUCAGAUGGUCCAAUGGCUCCUGGUCUCAAAAGGUUUUGUAAAUAGGAUUGCGAAAGGAAGCUGCUUUGACACUUUUUGAAGACAUUAGUUUUUCAGUUUCAAGAUAAUCAUAACGGUUGACAUGUCUGUGGUUUUAGUAUAAAAAUAAACAUGAAAUAUUAUAAGCAAAAAGCUCAUGGAAAUGGUUAUCCUA